GAGACUUCCGGUUAUGCAGGAAGGAAAUUGACGAACACGUGACACGGUCGGGCGGACCACUGCAGACGGAGCGGUGGACCGAAUUGGGACCGCUGGCUUAUGAGCGAUCAUGUUUCUCCAGUAUUACCUCAACGAGCAGGGAGAUCGAAUCUAUACGCUGAAGAAAUUUGACCCGAUGGGACAACAGACCUGCUCAGCCCAUCCUGCUCGGUUCUCCCCAGAUGACAAAUACUCUCGACACCGAAUCACCAUCAAAAAACGCUUCAAGGUGCUCAUGACCCAGCAACCGCGCCCUGUCCUCUGAAGGUCCCUUAAACUGAUGGCGUCUCUUCUGCCGCCUGUUACCCCUCGGACACUCCGUAACCAAACUCUUCAGUCUGUGAGCCCUGAUGCCUUUUUGCCAGCCAUACUCUUUGGCAUCCAGUCUCUCAUGGUGAUUGAUCAUGCUUGUGUGAGGCAAUCAUGGUGGCAUCACCCAUAAAGGGAACACAUUUGACUUUUUUUUGUCAUAUUUUAAAGUACUACAAGAUUAUUAAAGAUAAAAUGAUUUGAAAAA